ACGAGUCCAACUCGAGCCAAUUCCUGGGUGUAUACCCUCGUCGUGCCCUUUGCGCCUACUCUCCACUCUUCCCAGUUCAAUUGGGUUUGUUUUCCCCUCCAUUGAUCUCGUAUCCGAGCUUUCCAUGUGCCCGUUUGCUAAUCCGGAUGUCGGGGGAUGUUAAAAAAAAUUAGCUACACGCACACACACCUCAAUCAACCAUGUUGUACCGUACCACCGCUGCUCGCUCUGCCCUGCGGGCUCUCUCCCACACCAAUGCCUCGGUCGCCCGCUCGACUCUGGUCGGCAACGUGUUCAAGGCCCCGUUGACGUCGGCUGCUCGCUCCGUCCGUCCCUCGCCCAGCUUCGCCCUGGCUGCUCGCAAGCCCGUCACCACGGCUCUGGUCCGCUAUGCCUCGACUGGCAAGGAGGAAACGGUCGCCGAAAGUGAUGAUGAUGUGAUGGCUGGAAUGAAGACCGAGGCGAGAGUCAUCAAGGACACCUUCAGCCUGGCAGAGGUCCCCAAGGAGGCCCUCUACCUCGGCAUGGCCGGUGUGAUCCCUUACCUGGCCACCUCGAUGCAGACCGUCUACCUGUCCUAUGAGGUCAACCGCGCCGCCGCUAUGGGAGGCGAUGGCCUCCUCCUCUCGGGCCAGAGUGCCGAGCUGAUGCUGCACAUGCUGGAGCCCAUCCAGGUUGGCUACGGUGCCGUGAUCCUCUCCUUCCUCGGAGCCAUCCACUGGGGUCUGGAGUGGGCCGGCUACGGCGGCAAGUACGGCUACAAGCGGUACGCUGCGGGCGUGAUCGCCCCGGCGGUGGCAUGGCCGACUCUGCUGUUCCCCGUGGAGUACGCUCUGAUCAGCCAGUUCCUCGCGUUCACCUUCCUGUACUACAACGACGCCCGUGCGGCGCAGUUCGGCCGCGCCCCGCACUGGUACGGCAUGUACCGCUUCGUGCUGACCUUCAUCGUCGGCGCCAGCAUCGUGGCGACGCUCAUCGGCCGCGAGCAGAUCAACAACCGCCUGUCGGAGGGGCACUCCAUCACGGACAAGGUCAACGCGCUGCUCUUCCUGAAGAAGAAGGAGCAGGAGGAGGCCGAGGCUGCCCGCCAGGCCGCCAUCGAGGAUGUGGAGUAAUUUACAGUACUGGGGAUUAAGGAUAUAUCUGUAUAUUCGGGAGGGCGCGGGAAAAGGAGGGGAUGAUUUUGUAGAUUACAGUUUCGUAUAUGCGAAUCCAGACGGCAGUCGCUGUGUUUCA